AUGUCUAGCACAUUUCACCAUUUGCAAUUACUACCUUUCGAGCUACAGCUCAUGGUGUUCGAAGAGGUCAUUCUCGCAACCCAGAAACCUCGCAUUGUACUCCUGGACGUCGAAGAAGUCCAAAUUGUCGACACGGAUCUUCCCGAAUUGCUCGGCUUGCAGCUCCUCAGCGGCUGGAAGUUUAGGGUAGAAAACCGGGAGGAGCUCCACGCGGAGAACCCGAAAGUGGUGGCCAGCAGCCUACUGGGUGUAUGCAGUGCCAGUAGGCACGUGGCGGCCCGGUCUCUCGGUCGCCCCGACGAAAUAAUCAAACCCCCUCAGAACGAUAACGCGCUGAUGGGGCUUGACCUCUCGCAUACGUCAGAUGUUUUCUGGCUCUCGGAUGACAUGGCACGGUUCAUGGAUAUUUGUGAUGGCGUCCCGAUUGGUGAGGGCCUCCCUGACGAGGACGACAUGGACACCGUCAUGCUCAGCCUCCAGACGUUGGAACAGGUUUUUCACCUGCGAAAUAUUCAGAUCCGGGAGGAUCACGAGAACUUAAUUAGGGUCUCUAUGUAUCAGGGCUCUGUACUGCAUGAUUUGUUUCUCACCUUCCCUGGGGUGCGAAACUUGGUCAUAAUGGUCGACGUCCCUCGGGGCCAUAUUUCCUGGGAUCAGCUCCAAGUUUUCGGGGCCAAUAAUCCUACACCGGUCACAAUGAGCGACGAAGAUGGGCCAGCUAGAUGCCAUUCUGCCCUUGAGAGCUACCUGGCAUUGCAAAGUGACUACAUGAAGAUCGUCGCCCGUGAGCGACAGACCCACGAGGCGGGCUUUCACCCUGACGACCUCGAUGAGAAUAUGUGGUUCCGACAGUGGCCUGAAAUCUCAUUUGCCUGCCUGAGGCGUUCAUUGUCACCCACAUCCAACCUUGGGACUUGUGCGCUGAAGACGAAUAGUUUGUAA